GGCAGCACUCGCUCAGGUGGAAAACACGGUGGUUUUAUUGUAAAUCUUUAGAUGUUGAUAUAACUUCAGCAUGCUUUCCGCGAUACGUAAGAACUGGUUUCUCAUUGGGAUUGUAGUGGUGAUUUCUUUAGCUAAGUUUGCACCGUAUAUUGGGGCAAAAGGAGGGAUUUUAAAGCCCGAGUUCACUGUCAAAUAUGGCGCUGUGUCCAUCAUCUUCUUCAACAGUGGUCUUUCACUCAGAACUGAAGAUCUAAAAAAUGCCAUUACUCAAGUCCAACUUCACGCUUUUGUUCAGUCAUUCACGCUGRUUUUUGUACCCUUUCUGAUGUCUCAAUUAGUAAAGAUUUUGUCCAACACAUCGAUCAAUGAAUGGCUUCUYAAAGGACUUCUUGUCGUCAGUUGUAUGCCCCCACCKGUGUCCUCAGCUGUCAUUUUAACCAAGGCGGUUGGCGGUAAUGAAGCUGCUGCWAUCUUUAACUCAGCGUUUGGUAGCUUCCUUGGUAUCUUUGUAACUCCAUUACUCCUGCUAAUCCUKGUAGGAUCGUCGUCUUCUGUCCCGUACUCUUCGAUYUUCAUAACACUUUCAUUAACAGUGGUAGUGCCAAUCUUACUUGGUCAAGUUUUCAGGUACAAUGAUGGUGUCAGGAAGUGGAUGGAGACAACCAAACCGCCAUUUGGGACAAUAGGAAGCUGCGUCCUUCUUCUUAUCAUCUAUACAACAUUUUGUGAUACGUUUUCCAGUGAUGUUGGAGAGAUUAACAAAAGUAGUUUACUCAAAGUUGUCAUCAUUAUUUUCCUGUUGCAGUCUUUUCUCCUUUUUUUGACAUUCUGGUUGACUUCAUUGGAGGGGUCACCUUACAAGGCGGCUGAUACUGUUGCUAUAAUGUUCUGUGCUACACACAAGUCACUAACUCUUGGGAUUCCUAUGYUGAAGAUAGUUUUCCAAGGUUAUAAGUAUCUUUCUCUUAUUUCAAUUCCACUUCUUAUUUACCACCCUACCCAGAUUCUUCUUGGAGGCAUACUGGUGCCAUUUGUACAACGCUGGAUGAUUUCUGCACAAUCGGCAUCUAACAUUGAUGUUUGAAUUUAGGGACUGGGUAAAAAAUUGAAAAAACAAUACAGGAGCAUAUCCAGGAUUUUCAUUAGGGGAGUCCUUACAUACCAAAUAAUGUCACUGUGAUAUCAUAUGACGUCAAUAUAAUGUUAUAUUAAUCAUGGUUUUCUCGCUUUUUUGGCUUUGAAAGGGGGGGGGGGGGCACAGACACCCUGUGACCCUCCCCUGGAUACUUCCCUGCAUUAGAAGAUAUCUAAUUUAUGUACCCAUUCCCUAAGUAUGAAGUAGACUCACUUGGCACAGACAACAUAGAUAGAUAGUUAAUUCUGCAAUGUGGCAAAUAAACGAUUUAUUAUUAUUAUUAUAGAUUUAACUAAAGCUAAGGAAUCAUUAAUCAACUCUUAGUGAUAUGACUUUUGUCUAGUACUUGAAGGUUCUGAACAAUUUAGACCACAAUUUAGUUUAGAUAGUAAAAUGAAAUGAAGCGAUAACUAAUAUUUUGGGAUUUUGUCUUGUUUUCUUCCUGAAUAAAUUAUUAUUUUAGUUUAAAUUA